GCUUCAUCUUCUCCGUCAACUCACUGUUCUCCAGAGGAUUUUAUUCAUCACUGGUGAAUUUACCUCAUUAUUCUUCCAUCAGGACUUUUUAUUUUUAACUGUGAGCUGCAAGAUUUUGUGGUUAACACUUUACAAACAGAUACGUCUUGCUGUGUGAUUCUUCACCCAUAUCUGCAGACUGAUUGUGUCUGUGAGUGACUAGCUUCUACUCACUGGCUGAAAAUGUCAAAAACGAGGAGUGGAUUUUAAACAAUCGUAUUGUUCCAGGACCCAGUUUUUUUUAUUUUAUUUUAUUUAUUAUAACAACAACCAUCUUUUGGAAACCAUGAGUGCGUGCGGCAGGAAGGCUCUGACUUUACUCAGCAGUGUCUUUGCAAUCAGUGGCCUGGGGCUGCUGGGAGUGGCGGUGAGCACAGAUUACUGGCUCUACCUGGAGGAGGGAGUCAUCAUGCCUCUGAACCAGACGGCUGACAUCAAGACGUCACUGCACUCAGGUCUCUGGAGGGUCUGCUUUCUGGCUGGUGAGGAAUCCGGCCGCUGCUCCACCAUCGAGUACAUGAUGCCAACGAGUCUCCAGCUGACGUCAGAGUCCACAGGAAAUGUACUCAAGAUGAUCCGCUCAUCGACCCCAUUCCCUCUGGUUAGCCUCUUCUUCAUGUUCAUCGGUUUUGUCCUCAACAACAUCGGACACGUCCGUCCUCACCGCACCAUCCUGGCGUUUGUUUCAGGAAUCUUCUUUAUCCUUUCUGGGCUGGCUCUAGUGGUGGGUCUGGUAUUGUACAUCUCCAGCAUAAAUGAUGAGAUGCUGAACAGAACAAAGAGCAGUGAGGUCUACUUCUCCUACAAGUAUGGCUGGUCUUUUGCCUUCGCUGCCCUCUCCUUCCUGCUCACUGAGAGUGCGGGAGUCAUGUCUGUCUACCUGUUCAUGAAGCGCUACACAGCAGAGGAGAUCUACCAGGCUCGCCGCCCCAAUUUCUACCGGCCUCGGCUUAGCAACUGCUCUGACCACUCCGGUCAGUUCCUCCACCCAGAGUCCUGGUCGCGUGGACGAAGCCCCUCUGACAUUUCAAGUGAAGCGUCACUGCAGAUGAGCGCCAGCUACCCCGCUCUCCUCAAAUGUCCCGACUAUGACCAGGUGUCAUCUUCACCUUGCUGAGUCAUCAGAGGUCGAUAAAAGGUCACUGAGCAAUCUCUUAAAGAGUCAAAUGGCAAAGUGAAACAAAUAAGUUUCAUUGUAUUGAAAAGAGACCAGCCAAAUAAGUGAGUGCUAUUGGUCAGAAGACUUGAGUUGAGUUAAUUCCUAUCAGGAAAAAAACGAUUUCUUUGUAAAUACAGUACGUUUCCAGCUUACAAGCGUAUGCUGAAAAGUUUUAAUUUUGUUAGGCUCUUAUAUGACAGACCAGUGUUUUCAAUCCAAAGAGCCAUUUUUACAUUCAGUCAUGCUAAUUAAAAUUUAUUUUGAUCCACAAAUGUUACUGAAUAUAGUAAAUUAAUUUAAAGAGCCACAAUUUUAUUUCUAUUUUUAGGUUUUACAGUCAGGAAAAAUAUAACUUUCCAACUUUAAUGAAGUGUUGACAUUUGCGGAAAAUGAAUUAGAAAAAAGCACAUAGUUUCCAACUCAAUGACAAGAGAAAUUAAAUCUAAAUAUAUCAUUACUAGAACUUUUAGUUUCAGUCUGUUGUGGAAAUCAAUGCAAUUAUUCCAUUAAAAAACCUGCUAAAACCUGCAUUUGUUGUUAUAUCUACAUCUAAAAACAUUAGUUGGUUGAAACAUUAAUUGAAAACUUGAUCUAGUGACCAAUGUUGAGGGCAACUAGAUAAGAAGAAAACCAGAUGACUCUUCUCUCUUGGCUUUUCAAACACCAUUGAGAAUCUAAGGUGUCUGAGAACCAUAUUUUUCCUUCCACUUCAAAAAAUGACUUUCUUUGGUCUACAAUGCAAAACUCAAUAAAACAUAAUAAAGCUUGAGAUUGGAAGGUGACAAAAUAUGAAAAGGUUUGAGAGUUAAUUACUUUUUAAAGUACAGUACAUAGUCCUUUGAUUGCAUUUUAGAACGCUAUUGUUGAAGGAGUUAGCUUCGGUUAGCUAUGUCUAAAAAUAUAUAUCACGAUACCACGGCAUCCAGUUAGUGCAGAAUGUUAGCAUUUAUUUGACUUUUUUUCCGUUAGGGAAAAUUAUCUUUGUCCUGGAGACGUAUAUGUCCUGACACUUGUGUUAAAUUUGAUCGUUCUAGUUUCUGUCACAUCUGUUGAUUUUAUUUGAUUCUGCAAUUAAAUUACAUUCUGUAUCAGAAAUAUGUGUGGUAUAUUAACAGAAAUUACUAGGUUUUUUGUGUGGUGUUAUUGGCAAGGUCAAGUAUUCCCCAAUUCAAACAGGAAACAACGAUAUGUUGGCAAACAUUUCCGUCCUGGCAAAUUAUAGAAGUCUGUUCUGUAUAGAUUAAGCAUUUUAAUAACAGAUGUUGGAAAUCAGAACAAGAAUAGAUGUUAAUUACUGAGUAUUGUCCAUGGUAUAACUAUUUUUGUGAUAAAAGUGUGUAGCACACUAAAUCACCUGGGUAAUAAA